AUGACUCCCGAGCCGCAGCCGAAGGACGAGGAGGGAGCGGCUGCAGCUGCAGUGGCUCAGGAGGAGCGACAGGAGGAGCGAGUGCACGACAGAGAACCGGACGAGUGUGAGGUGCAGAAGCAGACGGGCGGUGUCGAGACAGGAGAGACGCAGCCGUUACAAGAGGAAGCAGAUCGAGGGGACUACGACCAGAGCACGGGCCUAAGGCCCUCAGGGGAAGUGCAGAAGGCCAAAGACGCGGACAGAUCGGCUGCUACGGCUCAGGACACGCACGCGCCAAUGGAGAACGGGGCAGCGUCAGCGGCCGAGACGGCGCCGGCUCUAGCGACGUCCACGUCGAGCACAGGAGCGAAGCGCAAGCGCAACGCGCCCGAGACGAGCGAUGCCGUCCGCCGGUCGUCACAUACCGAGCGGAAACAGGCAAAGCCGACGCGGUCGCUCAUGCAGACCGAGACGACUGGAAAGCACCCGACGAAAGCUGCCAAGACAGCGACGGAGUUUGCCUUUGCCCGGCCGACAGCAUCGUCUGCUCGACGCACAGCAGCUGUCGCAGAGAACCAGGCACACGUGAAAGCGGCACCACCGCUGCGCAAGAUGCUGCACUCGAAGAAGCGCCUGCCGACGGCAGCUGAACGGCUGUCGACGCCGGUGGCGACAUUGACGGGCGUGGAGAAAGCGUCGCGAGCUCACUGCGGCUACACGCCGUACACUGGCCCAUUACCGCCGUUGACAGUAGAAUCGAGCUUUGCCCCGAAGAACGGGCAGGGGGUGGAUCGUGGAGUGAGGUCGGCAUUGCCUGCGCCGCCGAAAGUGGCGGCAAGUGCUCGAAAGCCUCGACCUGCAUCAGCAAAGAAGACUCGGCUCACUGGUACGAAAAAUUGUGGUGUGCAUGCAGAUGGAGUGGCAGCUACUAACGCAGCUUCGAGCAGCCGGACUUCCGUCCACGCAAGCAAGACAGGAUCAUCGUCCGUGAACAAGUGA